UCAGAAUGGCAAAGAUGUUUUUAUUACAAAUUAUGUGAGCAAACUGCAGUUCCUCUUUAGCAUCCUAUGGAAACAUAUUUUUAAAUUCAAGGACAUUUGGUAAGAAUUAUACUAGACGAGACAGUACAAGUGUAGGAUAUUUAUAAGCCUGGAAGGUAUAUCACAAGCUGUUCUUUGUAAAGAAAGGUCUAAGUGAAAGGUUUUAUUGUCUGUAUUGCAUAAUAACACAUAUCCUUCACAAUGAACAACCCAACACAUUUCUGUGCAACAUAAAUACUCAAAUGAAUUAAAAGGCAUUUAAAAUCUUUGGUUAAUUCACAGUAAGUAACUUUUUUUAAUGCUUCAGGCGACAGUUCCGUAUACAGUAUAGGCUAAAACUUUGUGUCAUGACAUAGAUAAUCGGCAAGGCAGGGAAUAUAAAUCUGCUUGUACAGGUCAGAGCGGCAAGAACAUGUAUAUAAUGAUAUUCUGUUCUGCCAUUGUUACAUGUUGUUUUGCAAAUCUAGAUACAAAAUGUACUUUUACUGUAUAUAUAAAAAGAAUACAGAAUAAUGAACCGUAUUCUUAACUUUUUAGCAGGUUUCGUCAACAGAACUGUGGCUGGGACCUAUGAGAGUAACACAGGAUCCUAUACAGGUGCUGCUGGUGUUCGCAAAGGAAGACAGUCAGAGCGAUGCCUUCUGGUGGGCCUGUGACCGGGCUGGGUACAGGUGUAAUAUAGCCAGAACACCCGAAUCAGCCCUGGAGUGUUUCCUUGAUAAACAUCAUGAAAUAAUUGUUAUAGAUCACAGGCACUCAAGAUACCUUGACGCAGAGGCAGUUUGCAGAUCGAUACGUGCAACAAAGCCAUCAGAGCACACUACAAUCCUUGCUGUUGUCCCACGAUUAGCAUCUGAUCAAGAAGAAACGUCGGUCCUUCCUCUCCUGCAUGCUGGAUUUAACAGGAGAUUUUAUGAGAAAAACAGUAUGAUUGCCUGUUACAAUGAGCUUAUCCAGAUAGAACAUGGAGAGGUGCGCUCACACUUCAAACUGAGGUCCUGCAAUUCAAUAUUUACAGCAUUAGAACACUGCCAAGAAGCCAUAGAGAUUACAAGCGAAGAACAUGUCAUACAGUAUAUUAAUCCAGCUUUUGAGCGGAUGAUGGGCUAUACCAAAGAGGAACUCCUGGGGAAAGAACUGAUAGAAUUGCCAAAGAGUGACAAGAACCGAGCAGACCUUUUAGAUACCAUCAAUACAUGCAUCAAAAAGGGAAAGGAAUGGCAAGGGAUUUAUUAUGCAAGACGGAAAUCGGGUGACAGCAUUCAGCAACAUGUAAGAGUCACUCCUGUAGUCGGUCAAGGAGGGAAAAUUAGACAUUUUGUGUCCAUCAAGAAGCUUUGCAGUGGCAGUGACAACAAUAAACAGGUCUACAAGAUAAGCAGGGAUGAGAAAUACUCUGGAGAAAACACACUUACAGAGUCUCAUUCCCACUCAUUCAGACAUAAGAACAGAAGGAAAGAGUCAAUGGAUGUAAGGUCAAUCACAUCACGGAGUAGUGACGCAGCCAGUUUACAGAACCACAGGUAUUCAUCAAUGGCACGGAUUCACACCAUGACCAUAGAGGCUCCCAUUACAAAGGUCAUUAACAUAAUAAAUGCAGCUCAGGAGAACAGUCCUGUGACGGUGGCAGAGGCCUUGGAUAGAGUGUUGGAAAUUCUGAGGACCACAGAGCUCUAUUCUCCACAGCUGGCAACCAAAGAAGAGGAUCCCCACACAAGUGACCUUGUUGGUGGUCUGAUGACAGAUGGUUUGAGAAGACUUUCAGGAAAUGAAUAUGUUUUCUCAAAAAAUAUGCAGCACAGCCAUAGUCACCUAUCAGUGCCAGUUACAAUCAAUGACGUUCCACCUCGUAUAGCGCAGUUACUCGACAACGAGGAUUCCUGGGACUUUAACAUAUUUGAACUAGAAGCUGUUACAACUAAAAGGCCAUUAGUUUACCUUGGAGUUAAAAUAUUUACCUGCUUUGGAGUAGGUGAGUUUCUGAAUUGUUCGGAAAGUACUGUCCGUUCCUGGCUGCAAGUGAUUGAAGCCAACUACCAUGCGUCUAAUUCCUACCACAACUCCACGCAUGCUGCUGAUGUCCUGCACGCCACGGCCUUCUUUUUGCAAAAGGAGAGUGUAAAGGCCAGCCUUGACCAGCUGGAUAAGGUAGCCGCUCUGAUAGCUGCCACGGUACAUGAUAUUGAUCACCCUGGACGCACCAACUCUUUCCUCUGCAACGCAGGCAGUGAAUUAGCCUUGCUUUACAAUGACACGGCCGUCUUAGAAAGUCACCACUCUGCGCUGGCUUUUCAACUCACUGCAAAGGACAGCAAAUGCAAUAUUUUCAAAAACAUGGACAGGACCCAGUAUCGAACACUUCGACAAGCCAUAAUUGACAUGGUACUAGCCACAGAGAUGACCAGGCAUUUUGAACACGUGAACAAGUUUGUAAACAGCAUCAACAAACCCAUUGCAGCUGAGGAGACCAACUCAAAUAGCGAGGGCAGUGACUGUGAAUGCUCUCCUAGCAUCAGAAACUCUCCUGAGAAUCGUGUACUCAUCAAACGCAUGAUGAUUAAAUGUGCAGAUGUAGCUAACCCCUGCCGACCUCUGGAAUUAUGUAUAGAAUGGGCCGGGAGGAUCUCGGAGGAGUAUUUUGCUCAGACUGAUGAAGAAAAAAGACAAAGUUUGCCAGUGGUGAUGCCAGUAUUUGACCGAAACACAUGUAGCAUACCUAAAUCCCAAAUAUCAUUUAUAGAUUAUUUUAUAACGGAUAUGUUUGAUGCGUGGGAUGCUUUUGCACAUCUGCCAAACCUCAUACAACACUUAACUGAGAACCACAAGUAUUGGAAGUCAUUAGAUGAGUUAAAGUGUAAAAGUCUCAGGUACCCAUCUGACUGCAACAAAUAAAGGAAGCUCUGUAGCCUCUUGACCUAUCUGCACUGUGAACCAUUUCCUUGUGGAGUGUUACAGAAUAAGGGAAAACUGUAUUUGGAACUCUGGAUGGAACAAUUGUACAGUGAAGACUUGUUCUAAGCCACCCGUUGAUGCCCACAUGGAGGGCUCAGACUUUAACUCAAAGGGAAUAAUCAACUGGUGGAUGCUCUUAUUUCUAAGUUUUUACAACAUUUUACACUGGCUACGGAUAUCCACAAGCAGAAAUCUAAAGACAAUUUUGCAGUUUUAGUAUUAGUUGGGACUGUAGAACUGUAUCGCCUUUUUUUUUUUUUUUUUUUUUUAAGCUUGACUUAUCACAGUACUUUUGACUCUUACUUUACGUAAUUUCUUCUGAAAUUGUUAAUGCCAGCUACAGUACACACUUUUUGGUACAUAUAUAAAAUAUAUAUAUAUAUAUGGUACGUUUUGUAGAGAAAGGAAGAAUGAAUGGGGUAGCUUUCCUAAAUUCCCACUGAUCUGUUUUAUGCAUACAGGGCUACAAUUAUAGGUGUAAAACCAGUGACUCAGGAAGAUAGGUUGUUAUUUGCAAUAGCAUGACACAAUUCUUGUUCCUGUUCCAACUUCAGCCUUGUGUUUUUAUUCAGGCAGCCUCAAAAUGCUGUUUAGGUGGUGCUACUGAAGCAACCAGUCAUGAAAUAUUGAAUCUAACACCCUUUACACAGAUUAGUAUGAAAUAGGUAGAACAUCUAUUACAUAGACAGCAGGUAGAGAAUAUGGAGGCCAAGGCCAUCCCUACCAUAGGGCAAGAGUCUUGCAUUUGUUGGCCCCGUUCUGGGACUAUAGCAGAGUUUUCCCUUUGCUCAAAUGCCUUAUUACAUAUUUUCCUAACAGGAAGGGAGCCAUGAUUAGGAAGAUGCGGUGCCUUUUGUAUUGCAUGUAGCUAGGUGCAUAAUACGUUGUUUCUUUAAGUGCAGAAUGGAGAAAAGUUGCAGCAAAUUAAAAACAUCACUGAUGGCGGAGGGAAACGUUAUAUCUAUAUACUAAUACAGCAGAAGAUUCACAUUGCAUUGUGCCAGUGAGGUAGGGAAAAGUCGCAUACAUAUACUUUUCUGAUUAGAUUGUCUGCUUAGACACCACCAGCCUUUUCUUUUAUAUCCUAAGUUGUAUGCUUAUAGGGCUCAUCUAUCCUAUAAAAAACAAAAAAAAUUCACUGCACUUAGAUGAGACACUAAAACAGAAAGUUGCUAGCACACAACUUGUGUUACUAAAUCAAAAAUACCGUAUUUAUCGGCAUAUAACACGCACAGGCGUAUAACACGCACCUUCAUUUUAAGAGGGAAG